AUGUAAAUUCCCAUUGAUUAAUUUACAUAUUUAUACAUUCUAAUAUUGUUUGUUCAUAAAAAAAGAAAUAAAGAAUCUUAAAAUUAUUAUUUCCAAUUCAGCUUAAGUAUAAAGUGCUGUAACACUUAGAUUUAGAGAAAAUUAUUAAAUCAUGAUAUUGAAAUUGAAUGU